UCUGCAGUGCACACAACAGCCAACCAGAAGUGAGAGUGAGAUCUGGAGCCAAUCAAAGGUGACAUCGCAGUUACGUCAAUGCGUACGUACGCAGCGCCCGCGUGCCCUUGGACUUUAUUAAUCUGACUCGAGCCGCAGUGUUUCAUUUAAAUCCAGGAUGGGCUUCUUGCUCUCUAAACCUAUGGAGCAGAACUUCCAGAAACAGCAGGAGUUCAUGCUGCUGAACGCUCGGCUGCAGUUGGAGCGUCAGUUACAGAUGCAGAAUCAGAUGCGUGAGCGUCAGAUGGCGAUGCAGAUGGCCUGGUCCAGAGAGUUUCUCAAGUAUUUCGGCUCUUUCUUCGGUUUGGUCACUCUGGGUCUCGGCAUCGGAGCCAUGAAGAAGAGAAGACCUGCUUUAUUUACUCCCAUUAUUCCUCUGAGUUUUAUUAUGGCCUAUCAGGUGGACAUGGCGUAUGGCUCACUGAUUCAUCGCAUGAGAGCGGAAGCGGAGCACAUAAUGGGAUCUGAGAGUGAUCGUCUGGCAAUGCCUCACGGGAUGCCGACGUUUGAGAGUAUCGAGAAAUCUCGCCGAGCAAAAUCUCUUCUCUCGCCUCCGUUGGACAAAUGAGUUCAUUAUAGAUUCAGCUGAUCUCUAAUGAUGACCAAUCACAUUUUACAGUGAUGAAACGUCAUUGACAUCCAAUGGUAUUUUUUCUACACACUUUAAACACGUGAUGUGCUUUGAGUACUAUUAUUAUGAAGGAACAUUCAAGUUAUAAACAAUAAAGCAGAUUUAGUUUUGUUUUUCA